AGAAGAGUUUGGUACUUCAUCACAAGCAGUUUUUGAAAUAAGGCCAAACCAUAAGGAACGGGUUACACAAUGAGGCACUCCUGAAACAUCAAGGAUAUUAAACUUGGAGUGCACAGCCUGACUCACUCCGUCUUGAACUCCAUCACAUUGAUUCAAGCGGGUUUUGGCCUCUCAAAAUGGUACUGAGCUGAAGUAAGAUGGCCUCAGACAGAAUGGCGACUCCUCAGAGCAGCUCCAGACAGAGCAGCUCACUCUCUUCAUCACCAAUGAGUACCCGCAUGCAGUCUCUGCAGGUGGACUCAGUCCAGCGCUGGAUGGAAGACCUUCGCCACAUGACGGAGGUGGAGUGUAUGUGUGUCCUCCAGGCCAAGCCCAUCGGGGUGGAGGAGGACUCCCAGCAGGGAGAGCUGAUUGUGGCCUCCGGUGUCGGUGCAGGGGACCAUGUGGCCAGGAACAACCUGCAGACGCUCCUUCGCCGAGCACUGGUGGUCAGCACGGAGCUGGGAAAGAUGUUCCAGCGGCUGGAGAAGGGCCGCUGGCAGAGGGUCCACAGCACGGCUGUACGGGCAAACUGCCACGUGCGCUCACUGGUGCAUGAGUACAGCGCUGCCCGAAGCACACCGCCUGAGAUGCAGAAGUAUGAGAAAUCAUUGCUGGAAAAGUGUAUGGAGCUGACGAAUAUUACAGAAAGGUGCCUUCACACUGAUGAUGAAUUCUUCCUGAAAUCCAUGAGAGAGGCCAUCCACGAGAUUCUCACAGAUGUCAGCGAUUCAUUCAGCAACAUGAUUGACAUGGCUUUAGCUAAUGAGAUCCGGGUCCUGAUCAAACAGAUUGAAUCAUCCGACAGCAUUCACACUAUUGGCAGUGCCAUUAGCAACCUGCUGUCCCUCACCCAGGAUGGUCCUCAGCUCUGCAGCAUCAUUGCCAAGGAAGGAGCUGUGGUGGCCCUGUUUAAGAUCUGCAGGCAGGAUCGCUUCAGAGACCUCUACGCUCACGCUUUGAGAACAGUUGCCUCCAUCUGCUGUGUGGAGGAGGGCAUUAACCAGCUAGACAAGGUGGAUGGGAUUUUGUGCCUGGCAGACAUCUUGACUGAUGAAAGCAGCGUGGAAGCAGCCAGGGCCGAGGCGGCGGCGGUCGUGGCUCAGAUCACCUCGCCUCACCACACAUCCACACAGCACCUCGCCAGUUUCCUGGAGAGCAUGCACGACAUCGUCACCGCACUCAUCAAAUUGUGCGAGAGCGCCUCCUGUGGUGAAGUAUUCCUCCUGGCUUCUGCAGCCUUGGCCAACAUCACCUUCUUUGACAGCAUGGCCUGUGAGAUCCUCCUGCAGCUUAACGCCAUCCAAAUCCUGCUGCAGGCCUGCAAAGACCGCCAGAGAGUCGACACACCUUACUCCAAAGACCAGGUGGUGACCAUCUUGGCAAACCUUUCAGUCUUAGAGCAGUGUGCAUCUGAAGUCCUGCAGGAACAAGGAGUAGAGCGGCUGCUGCUGUUGCUGGGAGAAAAGCCCUCCUCCUCCAGUCCAUCAGAGGGCGCCGCCUGCGAGCGAGUCCAGCAGAAAGCUGCGGUCACACUGGCCCGUCUGAGCAGAGACCCCGAUGUGGCCCAAACAGCCAUUCAGCUCAAAGCUGUUCCUCGUCUUAUUGAACUGUGUCGCUCCCCUACUGAGAGAAAUAACAGUGACUCGGUGCUGGUCGCUUGCCUGGCUGCUUUGAGGAGGCUGGCAGCAGGCUGUCCAGACAGCAUUGAGGCGGCCGACCACCAGCAGCUGAUCAAACCGCGGCUAGUCGACUCGUUCCUGCUGUGUUCCAACAUGGAGGAGAGCUUCGUAUGACGGCCUGCGCACCAAAACACUGAGAAAGGAGAGCUGAAGUUGUGUACAUACAAGAUCAUGUACUCUAAAACACCACAUCUGUUUCAUGACUUUGUGUCCUGAGAAGAUUUACCCACAUUUCCUUCUGGACACUCUGCAUAAUAAAGCAGUUUGAAGGGAUGCAGAAGAAUAUGUGUAAAUAAGUAAAUGUGAUGCCGAGUGCAACUCAGUGAUCACAUUAAAUGCAAUGAAUGUGUACCGUGUUUGGGGAAAAAAAGGGCUCAUUAGUUCAUUUUAUUCCACAGAGAAUAUCAUAUCAGUCAGUAAUGUCAGUAAUUAUUUUGUACCGGUGGGUGCUACUUUUUAAACAUAAAAGUAUAACCUGUUCUGAAAAGAAACACUUUAUAUUCUAUCAAUCUGUGCAAUUUUUAUUUUUGUUUGGAUCUGUACAUAUUGUUUCCAAAGCAUUUUGGCUAUCGAGAACAGAUAAGAAUCUUUCACACACUGUAAAGUAGAUCUGACAGAAAUGCUUUUCUGACAAACACAGAUGUAUGUCUCGUUAAAUUCUUUUUAACUAUUCAAAAAAAAGUCAGCAGCCACUUUAUUUUGUCAACAAAUCACAACUAAAUUAUUACAGUGACAUUCCAUGUUUCCAGUAUUUGCUGAUUAAGGCAUGUGGCAACAUGAUGUGCUUUUCCUGGUAUAUAAUACAUAUAUUGCUUGUUAAAGCGCAUUUUAUGACACGUUGAAUUGCUCUCUUAAACUUAUUUGCCAUUAAUCCCAAAUUUGUAUUUGCUACUGGAAGAUGAAGUUUAAAAAUGGCCUUGAAUUUGAAAAUGCUUUUUAUUUAAAGAGAAUUACCAUUAUUGUAUGCGAUGCAUGGAAUAAAGGCAAUUACCUAUCUAA